AUGCCAGCGAAAGCAACAGCAAAGAAAAUGGCAGAUAUACCAGCAGGAGAUGCAGAAAAGGGAAAGAAAAUCUUUGUACAGAAAUGUAAACAGUGCCAUACAAUAGAAAAAGGUGGAAAACACAAAGUUGGACCAAAUUUACAUGGUCUGAUUGGCAGGAAAACUGGACAAGCACCUGGAUUCCCUUACACAGAUGCCAACAAAUCAAAAGGAAUAACAUGGGCAAAAGACACAUUGUUCAUCUACCUGGAAAACCCAAAGAAAUACAUCCCUGGAACCAAGAUGAUAUUUGCUGGUUUGAAGAAACCACAAGAACGAGCUCAUCUUAUAGCAUACAUCGAGUCAGAAAGCAAAGAUUGAUUAUACUCAUUUUAGGAUUUUUUAAACAUUUAUUUAUGGAUUCUUAACAUGUACAUUCAAACAUCAUUAACUCUGUGUGUCUGGAUUACACAUUGAUAAACAGUUGUAUUUUGUCGAUCAGUAUCAUUGUUUUUAAAGUUUUUAAAACCAUAUGGUUGAAUAUUGAGUUUUAAUAAAGUAUUUGAUGCCAG